AUGAGUGCAGAUCUUUGGCUGUUGCCUAUGCUACAUUAUUGUCACAGCUCCAGUGCAAAAACUAAUGAAGCAAACCGCAGACAUGAAACUUAUCCUGGCUACGUUUGGUGUGAGGACAAAAAUCAUGCCAAAUUAGAAAUUCAUUCCUAUAAAAAAGAGGCGUCUUACGCUCAUGCCUGUUAUUCUCAGGAGGAGGACGCUCGCGGUCACGUUGCCGGCUUCACCGUAGCCAGUGAGAUCAGCGCUCGUGUUUGGCAGAUGAAGAACGGCAAGCAUUGGCUUCUGGGAAAAACAUUCGACAAAUUCUGUCCACUAGAGCCUGCUCUUGUUACCACAGAAGCACUGAAGGACGUCCACAAUCUGGGGAUCCGGUGCCUGGUAAACGGUGAUGUAGUUCAGGACAGCAACACCAGUCAGCUGAUCUUUAAGACGGAGAAGGUGGUGGUGUGGGUCUCGCAGUUUGUGACUCUGUACCCAGGCGACGUGUUUCUAACAGGCACGCCUCCAGGAGUGGGCGUGUUCAGAAAGCCACCCAUCUUUCUAAAGGUGAGCUCAGUUUCCAGUUUCUUACACUGCGUAGGCUUGUUCUCCAUUUUCCAAUUUUGUGAAUCUCUAUAAGACUAAUAUGACCUGGUCAUGGUGAUGGAGAAACACCGUGGCUCAUUUAAUCCCCUUGAGUAAAUAUACAUAAAAGACAGGGGCGCAAUAAGUUUUGGUGAGCCGAAAUCCUCAGAAACGUUAAGAGGUGCCCUUGGUGAUGACUGGUUUAGAAAGUCAUUCAUCACGUCUGGUGUUUGAUGACCGUGCAGAACUAAGCGAUUAGAGAAAUGAGUCUGAAAACAGCUCUGGAGUUAU